AUGAUGAACGGCAGUGACUGCUAUGAUGAUGGCGGCGGCGGUAAUAGUGCAGCAGCUGCUGGUGAUGAAUGCGGCGAUGAAAAUGGUAGUGAAGAUGACGAUGGUAGCGAUGGUGGUGGUGGUGGUGGCGGCGGUGGCGGCGGCAAUGGUGAUAAUACUGCAAUAGAUCACACCGCCGAGACAAGUGAAGCGGUUAACAACUUCGACAUUCUGAGCUGCGUCAGAGACAGCUGCCGCCACCCUCAAAUUAUCUUCGCCGGUCUGCAGUUGUUUGUGAAGAGUGCCUCUCCAGAUGGUUCAGUCGGCUGCGAGAUCCUCCCAGGAAUUGGUGUUGAUGCCAAGUACCUUCAUGUGCCUCCUGCACACGUCCCUGUACCUCAGCUUCGGGCAGCCAAUGUUUGGGAUCCGACCAUACUCCAUACGGCGAACGUGGCCAAGCCAGCGCAGCCGACGUUGUCUUAG